AUGGUAGAAAACUGCACUGAAGCGAGCCAGUUCAUUUUUGAGGGUUUUUCAGCCAGCUGGGAACUGCAGAUUUUCCUUUUCCUGCUUCUCCUGGCGAGCUACGUCAUCACGUUAGUGGGGAAUCUCGGGCUGAUCUUUUUAAUCUGGGUUGACCCUCAGCUUCACACCCCCAUGUACUUCUUCCUCAGUAACCUGUCCCUUGUGGACUUCUGCUACUCCUCUGUGGUCACCCCACAGAUGCUGGCCCAUUUCUUUGCCCAGCAGAAAGCCAUUUCCCUUCCCCAGUGCGCCACACAGAUGUGGUUCUUCAGCCUCUUCGUGGCUACCGAGUGUUACCUCCUGGCAGCCAUGGCCUAUGACCGCUAUGUGGCCAUUGCCCAGCCUCUGCUCUACGCCACCUCCAUGUCUCCAAAGAGCUGUGCCUGGCUGGUAGUUGGCCCUUACGCGGCGGGCACUGUGAAUGCGGUGACACAUACCAGCCUGGCUUUCCAGCUACGCUUCUGCGAGCCCAGCGUGGUCAACCACUUCUUCUGCGAUAUCCCCGCCGUGAUCUCCUGCUCCUCCUCGAACACCGGCACCAACGCGCUGGUGCUUUUCUCCCUCUCCUUCGUCCUCGGCACGCUGAGCGUCUGCAUCAUCCUGGUCUCCUAUGCGUACAUCCUCGCGGCCAUCCUGAGGAUCUGCUCCGCGCGGGGCCGGCGCAAAGCUUUCAGCACGUGCAUAUCCCACCUGACCGCGGUCACCUUGCUCUUUGGGACCCUCUUCUUCACCUACGUGCGCCCCAGUUCCCGCUUCUCGGCAGAUGCAGAUAAAGUGGCUGCUGUGCUCUACACCAUGGCAAUCCCCAUGCUGAACCCCCUCAUCUACAGCCUGAGGAACCAGCAGGUGAAGGCCGCGCUGGGGAGGCUGACACAGAGGAGAGGGUUUUCUCUGUGA